AUGUUUGCUCUCUCAGGAGGAUUCCCACCUGGCUCAGAGUAUGAACCAGAGGAUGCGGACGUCGAAAGCGAAGAACAGUUUAAGGAGCGAUUGACUAACACUUGGCGCCAGAUGAUGUUCGUCUCUGGGGAAACUGCCGAACCCUCGGUUGAAACGACUACUCUCAUCGAGGAGAUUGUUCGUCAACAAGUUGUCGAAAUUCUUGCUCGAAGCACCGCUCUGGCAACCCGCCGCGGUGUGCGCUCUAUCUCCACAGAUGAUCUGAUCUUCUUGAUCCGGCACGAUAAGGCCAAAGUGUCUCGCCUGAAAACCUUCCUCUCAUGGAAGGAUGUUCGUAAGAACGUCAAAGACUCGGACGACAAGGGCGGCGCCGAUGCGGCCGACUUCGCCGCCGCCGACGACCCCAUCGCUGGAGGCGUCGUGGCUGGACCUCAGGAUGUCGCGUCGAAGCCAAAGAACAAGCGUGCCCGCGUCGGCCUCGCUUGGGAUGUGAACAGCUUCUAUUCCGUGCAGGUUCCCGAGCGCGAGGAUGAAGAAGACGAGGAAGAGGAGGAGCAGAACUACGCCACCCUGCAGCGCCUUGCCGCUGCCGACGAACGCACCAAGCACAUGACGAGGGAAGAAUAUGUGUUCUGGUCGGAAUGCCGUCAGGCGUCCUUCACCUACCGCAAGAGCAAGCGUUUCCGGGAGUGGGCCGGGUUCGGAAUCGUCACCGAGUCGAAACCUAACGAUGAUAUUGUCGACAUCCUCGGGUUCCUGACCUUCGAGAUAGUGCAAACGCUGACCGAGGAGGCCCUCAAGGUCAAGGAACGGGAGGAUCGAGAGAAGAACCGUCGUGGCGGCGCAGAUAAUGGCGAGGAUUCCAAGAAACGUAAGCGCGAGACCGGACUCUUCGACCCCCCUGAGGAGGGCCGCACCCCUGUCGAACCCAAGCAUAUCCGCGAAGCCUAUCGCAAAUUGCAGGCGACGCCCAAUAAGAACAUCGCCAUGCUGCUACACAACGGUCGUGUGCCGGCCCGGAUGCCUUUACGAUUGGUGAGUCGUGUCUGGACCUUUCUUCUAUGCAACGCUAACGGCGAGAAUAGAUUUGAUGGGGUUAUUUUGUUAUACGGCGUCUAUUGGAGUCCAAGCUAG